GAUUUUCUUGUUUCAUGAUUCAUCAUCACCUUAAAGAACAACAGAGUACUCACAAACAAGAUCCCAAAAAUCUCAACUUCUUGUUCAAGAAAAUGACACGAGGAUCACUUGGGGUUCAUCUCAUUGCUGCUAAAGGCCUCGAUAAUUCUGAUUUUCUCUGUAAUAUGGAUCCGUAUGUCAUCAUCACUUGUCGAACACAAGAGAAAAAGAGCAGUGUUGCAUCAGGGAUGGGAUCUGAGCCGGAAUGGAAUGAGAAUUUCGUGUUCAGUUUGUCUAGUGAUGUUUCAGAACUCUCGAUCAAAAUAAUGGAUAGUGAUGCUGGUUCAGCAGAUGACAUUGUAGGCGAAGCAAAAAUCCCACUUGAUGCCUUGUUUGAGGAAGGGAGUAUACCUCCAACAUCUUACAAUGUGGUGAAAGAUGAAGAAUUUUGUGGGGAGAUUCGAGUAGGUCUUACUUUUACUCCAGAGGAAGUAAAUGAGGGUUCUCAAGAAGAGGAAAGCUAUGGAGGGUGGACACAGUCUUCGUACCAGGAAUGAUCAGUAUUUGCAUAUCCUAGAUCACAUGAUCAAAGUACAUCAGGAGUGAAAAGCGCAAUGCUAAUAGUUUUUGGUUAAUGACGUAUCUGAGUAUUUUCUUCUAAGCACACUUUGUAAUCGUGGUACUUUGUUUGGUUGGAUGACUCCUGGUUCUUCUCUUUGGUUGGAUAAAUUAUGAACCUAUUUGUUUCAGAUUAUGGUAUUUGUCUCAGUAAAAGAAACAAAAGGUCUAUUUGAAUCUGUGAUCUCGUAACAUUACGAACAAUGUAAAAGUCAGAACCUGAUAACCUCUAAGAUAUGACUUUAUACAAUACCUGUCUUAUUUUGUC